UAGAUUCAAUGUUCACUUUCCGUAUAGGAGCUCAAUACACAAAAAACGCAGGCGAGCAUACAGUGUUCCCCCCUCCGUUUUUCCCUACAACAACCCUUUGAGGUAGGUUGGGCUGCGCUGACCAAAUCACCUAUAAAUUUCUGUGGCUGAGGGAUUAGAACCUGGGUCUCCUUGAUGCCCUCACACUGGCUGUCAUCCAUAGUUGCUAAACAUUUUCACCCGUCCAAAAUUAGAACACUUUGCAAAUUAUAUUCACGCUAAGUGGAUGAAUAUACAGAAAGUAUUUUGGAGGCUUUUAAAUCUGGGUUGCAAAAAUAUGGAUAACUACCAGGUUGCAGCAAAGAGAAACCAACAACUCCAGAUCGGUGGUCCGGAUUUUUGCAGCGCAGAGAGGGAGCUUCUACCUGCAAGAUAUUGUCUGUGAGAACAGCAUUUACCCUGAGCUGAAAGAAUUUGAAUGUCCUGCUGCUGACUAUCCACUGGAGUGCAAAAGAGGGAAGAGGUGGAAGACUAGAAACAUUGUAGCCAAUCCCUUCCAAGCCCGGGAAAUUCAAACGUCCUCAGCCAAUCAAGAGAGGAGGACUCCGGUAUAAAUGCUCUGCCUUCAGAGGCUACCUCCGUUUACACGUUUCAACUCCAGUGGGGUCCGUCGCUCUGAACUAUGGCCCGUACUAAGCAGACCGCUCGAAAGUCUACUGGAGGAAAAGCUCCCCGCAAGCAGUUGGCUACCAAGGCUGCUCGCAAAAGCGCCCCAGCCACCGGUGGGGUGAAAAAGCCUCAUCGUUACCGCCCCGGCACCGUCGCCUUAAGAGAGAUUCGUCGCUACCAGAAAUCGACCGAGCUGCUCAUCCGUAAGCUCCCCUUCCAGCGCCUGGUCCGAGAAAUCGCCCAAGAUUUCAAGACCGAUCUCCGUUUCCAGAGCUCCGCUGUUAUGGCCCUGCAGGAAGCCAGCGAGGCUUACCUCGUUGGGCUCUUCGAAGACACCAAUCUGUUUCAGGUUUUUCUGCUGGUUGUCAUGUCUGGCCGUGGGAAAGGUGGCAAGGGCUUGGGAAAAGGAGGCGCCAAACGGCACCGCAAAGUAUUGCGGGAUAACAUCCAAGGCAUUACGAAGCCUGCAAUUCGCCGUUUAGCUCGUCGUGGCGGGGUGAAGCGUAUCUCCGGCUUGAUCUACGAGGAGACUCGCGGGGUGCUCAAGGUCUUUCUGGAAAACGUCAUCCGGGAUGCCGUGACUUACACCGAGCACGCCAAGAGAAAGACUGUGACCGCCAUGGAUGUGGUGUACGCUUUGAAGCGCCAAGGCCGCACUCUCUACGGAUUUGGAGGCUAGAGCGUUCUGGAAAACUAAUUUUAACACAGUAAUGACUCAAAAGGCCCUUUUAAGGGCCACCCA